AUGCCGCCCCUCCUUCCAUUCUCCCUCGAUGCGUUACACUCAAAUGCCAUCUUCGUCCCUCCCGCCUCGACGAGUGAUGACGAUUGGGAGCUUGUCGGGCCGCAGCCGUCGCUCGAUGGCCUCCCGGCUCCAAAGAACGCACGCUUGGCCGUCCGCGAUAGAGACUUGAUUGUCGCGUUUGGCAAGGAAAUCCGCAUGACUAGCCUUUCCGGAGAUGGGUGGGAAGUUCAUGGGACGAGUGUUGGCGGAUACAAGACGCUCAAGUCGCCUCACCUCACAUUCACCAUCCACCAGCUCGUGCUGAACCCCACUGGGCGCCUGCUCGCUGUCGUUGGCCACCAUCAGCUCGUCGUCUUAGUGUUACCCCGUGUGGGAUUCGCUAGCUCCGUCGGCGGGGAGGUUGCGUGUCGCUCCUUCCCCGUCGACGAGUACCAGCAUUCGCCGUCCUCGCUUGUGUCUCUCACCAAGGUCCGAUGGCACCCAUGGGGCGAGGGCGGCAACUCGCUCUGGGUUCUCGCCGCCAACGGCAACCUCUUCGAGUAUGAUAUCCUCCGUCCCCAGGACCCUGUACAGAAGUUCUCCUUCCUCGCCGAGAAGACGACCAGGCCUAAGAGCAAGUUCUCGGCCAUCGACCCACUCUCCCAGUACGCGACGUCGUUCACCUUUGGUCGCGGCCCGAUAGACUUUGCUCCCCUCAUGGUGUACGCGCUCAUGGCCAACGGCGACAUCUACACCAUGGGCCCCGUGUUGCCGUCAAGCGCCGAUGUACCGGCGUCGUACCUUGCCUCGUUGCAAGCGUGGGUCGCGGAGGGGUUGAAACGGCUCGAGGAUACCAAGGCCAAGCCGGGAGAGCAGGGCAGCGCCGAGUACGCGUCGCUCCUGGGGCGACGGCAGCUGCAGGAGGCGUGGGUGAGCGCCAUCGUGAAACAGGGAUCACCAGACGACGAACCAUCCACACCGUCCACGCCACCACGGCGGCGCGGCUUUGGGCUGCGCGAUGCCCCACCUUCCCCACCAAAGCCAGACAAGCCUCCUCCUCUGACAGGCUUUGUGCGUGUACAUCCCCCACACUUGACUGGAACGGGCGGCCCGGCACCGGGUAUGCACCGGCCGCUCGCACGACAGGGCCCGCUCCUCUUCAAUCCCGCGCCUCAGGAGGUCGGCAACGGCGGCGACAUCGAUGAGCAGAGCGCAACGGAUAUCACGAUCCUGCAAGCCGCUGGCGACGUACCUGAAGGAGAGGUGGCUGACGCGCACGUCAAUGUACUCGCGAUCGCGUGGUCGAGCGGGCGUGUUGAUCUCGGCAUCGCUGCAGAUGAGUGUGAGCCGCGCUGGAUAACCUCGCGCGACCCUGCACCUACCGACCUCUACCUCCACAUCGUCGAGAGCGUGCUCUCGUCCUUCCCUUCCUCCGAGCCCGACGCGAUUGCUUUAAACGCCCCCUUGUUUGUGGCGGAUCCAAUCCAGUCUGACGUGAUAUAUGUCGAGCACGCAUUUGGCGUCGAUGCCGUCUCCGUUGUGCCGUGGGUGACCCAGCUCCUGGCCGGCGAAAACAAAUUGCCCCCAUGUGAUGUGGCACAGCUGGUCGAGGCGAGCCCGUCGAACCCCGUCGUCGGUGUCGUGACAUUUUGUAAUAUUACUCUAGGGUACGGCCUCCUAGCGCUCGCGUCGAGCGGACAACUUGCCGCUGUGGAGAUGGACGUUCGGGUGCCUGACCGCGGACUUGCGGCGCCCGACUCGGCACCUGCACCAGACAAGAACAGCCAGUCGCUGCUGGACAAGCCGUUCGAGGUGUCCCUUCCAACUACCGAGUACAACCCGAAGGCGGCGAUCCGUAAGGCCCCCGACUCGCACAAAGUGCUCGAGGCCAUCGGGCCAGCGCACGUGACGGCGCUCCGUGACGCCGCCUCGCAGAUCAAGGCGCGCACGCACGCAGUGGAGGAAGCGAGUACGAAGGUUGAGGGCCGCCUCGACCUCCAGGUUCGGGAGUAUGCACGACAGCUCGUCGUGCUCCGCGCCGCCGCGGCGUCCGUGUGUGCGCUCCGGAGCGCCGCGGUGCGCAACGUUGAGCGUGCCGAAGCUGCCUUGGACGCACAGCAGUCGCUCAGUGACCGCCUCGACAACGUACUCACCGCGCUGAUGGCCGAGCACCGGCCACAGAUCGGCGCAAUCGAGCGGCGGUGGUUCGACGAGCUCGAGCGCAUAAGGGCGCGCGUGAACGGGACGCGGGGCAGCCCCGGCUUUGCGCCCCGCGCCCAAGUGCUCAAGGAGCAGCUUGGAGUUGUGCGGCCGCUCGUGAAGACUGUCAACGCUCGCGAGGACGAGUACGGCGCUCGUCAGCUGCGUCCGCUCCAAGCCGCGCUGGGGAGCCGCGGUGACGAGCUCGCGCGUCUCAUGCGCAAGAUGAACGCGCUGAGCGUGCGCGUCGAGGAGAUGGAUUAG